UAUAAAAGCAAACAUAAAACUUGUUAGUUAACCUCAAUCUUCUUAUUCCCCAAACAAACAAGCAACAGCUUAAUCUACAUCUUCUCGGCGAUGGGUCAGAACAACAAGGACGACAACAAGAAGUCCAAGGAAAAGAAAGGAUCGGCAAGCAACAACAAAGGUGGAGGAGACGGUCAAACUGUUCGUGGUCAAUCAGUCCAAGCAAGAGCUCAAAGCCCAGCUCGCAAGACGAUCGCAAAGAGGCAAAAGGCACCAACUUCGUCAAAGAAGGCAAAAAGUGGACGUCGUCGUUCUGUUAGCAGCGGAGGAAGUGCGAAAUUGAGGAAGCGUAAGCCGAAGCGCACAUUCAAAGUGCACAUCUACCGCGUGCUGAAGGAUGUUCAUAAAGGUGAAAUGCGUAUUUCGAAGCGUGGAAUGGAUGUUAUGAACAGGCAAUAA